AUGGCACCAAGCGCCCCCUUCAACCCCCCCUCGCCUACACUCGCAGGCAAACCCUUUGUGCCCAACUGGACUCCUCCACCCGUCACCAAGGAGAAGCACAACUUCGCCGAACUGAAAUCCAUCGACCUGUCUCUGCUUGACUCGGAAGACCCCGCUGUGGUCAAUGAUCUGAUUCAACAGGUGAAGGUAGCCAUCCGUGACGAUGGCUUCUUGUUCCUCGAGAACUACGGCGUGUCUUUAGAGCAGCUCCACCGCCAAUUUGGCCUAGCACAAUACCUCUACAACAACAUCAGCGAAGAGGACAAGGAGCGCCUGCUCUUCCACCCCGAGACCGGCGUCUGGUCCGGCUAUAAGCACCCCUACGGCUUCAAACGCCACCGCGGCCCCGCCGACGGCAUCGAACAAUUCAACUGGUACACGCCGGAAUGGGCCUCGCCCUCGACCCGGGUCCCACAGUGCCUGCAACCCUUCAUGGACGAGAUCGAGGCCUUCUGCACCUACCUCACGCAAUCCGUGAACCGACGCCUGCUCACCCUAUUCUCGCGCGUCCUCGAGCUGCCGGACGACUACCUGUGGGAGAAGGUGCAGUCGCACGGCAGCCCCACCGGGGAAGGGUACUUCCGGCACGCGCUGUUCCGGCCCGUGCAGCAGGCGACCCGCGACGCGUCCAAGGGGAUCAAGAUGCACGGCCACACGGACUUCGGGCUGACGACCCUGCUCUUCAGCGUGCCCAUCUCGUGUCUGCAGAUCUGGGGCCGCGACGAGCAGUGGUACUACGUGCCGUACCGGCCCGGCGCCCUGGUCGUGAACAUCGGGGAUACCCUGGAGAUCGUCUCGGGCGGGCACUUCAAGGCGACCCGGCAUCGCGUGUUCACCCCGCCGGCGGAUCAGUUGGAGGAGGAGCGGUUGUCGUUGGUGCUGUUUAAUAGUUCGGUCGGGGAUUUGCGGAUGGGGCCGGCUUCGGACUCACCUCUGAUUCAGAGAGAGGGCUGCGUCGAGGAGCAAGGGGUCUACAAAGAGUUCCGGAACCUUACGGCACAGGGCAAGCUGGUCCCCACGAAUCGCGAGUGGCGCGAGAUUCAGAUCGCUACGUGUACGGAUCCCACGGACUCGGUGCGGAACUCGGUGGGCGCGGAUCAGGUGCUGAUCGAGGGGAAGAUCAUGCAUCAGCGCGAGUACAUGGGGGUCAAGGUGGUUUUGCCGGUGUGA